AUGGGCUCGCCGCCGCCGCCCGCCUUCCUCCUCCUCCUCCUCCUCCUCCUCCUCGCCGCGCUGCUCCGCGCACCGGCGCACGGCUUCAACGGGCUGGAGGCGAAGGCGGGGGCGAGCGCCGAGGCCGAGGGGGAGCCCACGGCGCUGCCCACGGCGCCCGAGCGGGAGGCCGAGGCGCGCUUCGUGACCACGGCGCCCACCCUCAAGCUGCUCAACCACCACCCGCUGCUGGAGGACCUGCUGCACGAGGCGUUCCUGGGGCAGGAGGAGCCGGCGCGGGCGCCCUCCGGGCCCCCGGCGCCCCGCGCCCGCACCCCCCGCCCGCCGCCGCCACCCGCCAGCGUCCCGCCGCCCACCGCGCCGGGGACGUCCCCGGGGCCGCCCGCCGCCCCGCCGCCCGCCGAGGAUGCCGCCGCCGGGCCUGCGGCGCGGGAGCCGGGCCAGGCACCCUGCAACCGCAGCCUGGCGGGUCCCGAGGGCUCGCUGGCCUCCCCGGAGCCGGGCGGCCGCACCGGCGCCGACGGCCUGGACUGCACCUACACCAUCUCCGUGUACCCCGGCUACGGCGUGGAGAUCAAGGUGCAGAACGUCAGCCUGGCCGAGGGGGAGACGCUGACGGUGGAGAGCGCGGCGGGGCUGGAGCCCGCGGUGCUGGCCAACGAGUCCUUCCUGCAGCGGGGCCAGGUGAUCCGCAGCCCCGCCAACGUGGUCACCCUGCGCUUCCAGAGCCCCCAGCCCGCCCGGCCCGGCUCCUUCCGCUUCCACUUCCAAGCCUACCUGCUGAGCUGCCCCUUCCCCGCGCGGCCCGCCGACGGCGACGUCUCCGUCACCAGCCUGCACCCCGGCGGGGAGGCCCGCUUCCGCUGCGCCGCAGGCUACCGGCUGCAGGGCGCCCGCCUGCUCGCCUGCCGCAACGCCACCCGGCCCUUCUGGAGCGCCCGCGAGCCCCACUGCCUCGCGGCCUGCGGCGGGGCGAUCCGCAACGCCACGGUGGGACGCGUCGUCUCCCCCGGCUUCCCGGGCAACUACAGCAACAACCUGACGUGCCACUGGCUGCUGGAGGCGCCCGCCGGGCACCGCCUGCACCUCCACUUCGAGAAGGUCUCGCUGGCCGAGGAUGACGACAGGCUCAUCAUCCGCAACGGGAACAACGUGGAGGCGCCGCCGGUGUACGACUCCUACGAGGUGGAGUACCUGCCCAUCGAGGGGCUGCUCAGCACGGGGCGCCACUUCUUCGUGGAGCUCACCACCGACAGCAGCGGGGCCUCCACGGGCAUGGCACUGCGCUACGAGGCCUUCGAGCACGGCCACUGCUACGAGCCCUUCGUCAAGUACGGGAACUUCACGGCCAGCGACGCCCGCUACCCGGUGGGCACCACGGUGGAGUUCAGCUGCGACCCCGGCUACACGCUGGAGCAGGGCUCCACCAUCAUCGAGUGCGUCGAUCCCAGCGACCCGCAGUGGAACGAGACGGAGCCGGCGUGCCGCGCGGUGUGCAGCGGGGAGAUCACGGACACGGCCGGCGUGGUGCUCUCGCCCAACUGGCCGGAGGCGUACGGCAAGGGCCAGGACUGCAUCUGGGGGCUGCACGUGGAGGAGGACAAGCGGGUCAUGCUGGACGUGCGGGUGCUGCGCAUGGGCAAGGGGGACGUGCUCACCUUCUACGACGGGGACGACCUGACGGCGCGCAUCCUGGGCCAGUACACGGGUUCCCGCGGCCGCUUCAAGCUCUACGCCUCCACGGCCGACGUCACCAUCCAGUUCCAGUCCGACCCCGGCACCGGCGUCUUCGGCUACCAGCAGGGCUUCGUCAUCCACUUCUACGAGGUGCCCCGCAACGACACGUGCCCCGAGCUGCCCGACAUCCCCAACGGCUGGAAGACGACCUCGCACCCCGAGCUCGUCCACGGCACCGUGGUGACCUACCACUGCUACCCCGGCUUCGAGCUCGCCGGCACCGACGUGCUCAUGUGCCACUGGGACCUGACGUGGAGCGGCGACCUGCCGGCGUGCGAGCGCGUGACGUCCUGCAGGGACCCCGGGGACGCCGAGCACGGCCGCCGGGUGGUCUCCAGCCCCAAGUUCCCGGUGGGGGCCACGGUGCAGUUCGUCUGCGACAAGGGCUACGUGCUGACGGGCGCCGGGCUCCUCACCUGCCACGACCGCGCCGCCGGGGGCCCCAAGUGGAGCGACCGCGUCCCCAAGUGCACCCCGGAGGCGUACGAGCCGUGCCACAACCCCGGGGCGCCCGCCAACGGCCUGCAGAGCCCCGAGAAGCGGCUGUACCCGGCGGGGGCCGCGCUGCGCUUCUCCUGCGCCGCCGGGCACGUGCUGCUGGGCGAGGGCAGCCUGCGCUGCCUGCCGGGGCACCCGUCGCGCUGGAGCGGCUCGCCCCCCAUCUGCAAAGCGGCCUCCUACGAUGAGUUUUACAGCAACCGCAACCUGGACGCUGUGGCCAAGGCGGUGCCGGCGGAGAAGCCGCUGGAGGGCACCAACGUCGCCGUCGCCGUCUUGCUGCCCGCGCUGGCGGUGGCCCUGCUCGCCGGGGGCGUUUUCCUCUACUUCUCCAGGCUCCGGGGGAAGCCGGCGCUGCAGCUGCCGCUCGCCGCCUCGCACCGCUACGACCACAUCGCCGUGGAGGCGGCGUUUGACAACCCCAGCUACGAGACGGGAUCUGCUUUCUUUGCAGGAGACGAGAGAAUAUGAGGUGUCCAUCUAGGCGGAGGAGAGCGGGGCGCCGCCGCGGCCGCCCCUCCUCGGCCCCCCCUGCGCCCGCAGACACCCCGCGCCACGGGACCGGCCGGAGCCCGCCGGGGGACCCCGCUGUCCCCCCCGGCGCGGCCGCCCCCUCGGGGUGACACCGCGCUCCCCGCCGGCUCCGGGCCAGCAGGGCCCGUCCCGCCCCUCGGCACCCGCAUGGGAGGAACGUGCCGCGGCGGGGGGAGCGGCCGGGACCCCCCCCCCCUCCCCGGUGACCCCGACGGGGCCCCCGGUGCGUGCUGUGGGCACCGGGUGCGCCGAGCUGGCCGCGGCCGGGGGCAGCGGUGCCGCCAGGAGCCCCGAGGUAAGGACACGGCUGCCCGGGGCCGGGGGGGUCCUCGCCCCGACGUGGCGCAGUGCCCCCCCCCCUCCCCCGACGGCCGCCCCGCGCAUCCUGCGGCCUCGCGGCGGGACUCGGCCCCGGCGCCGGGCAGGGGGGCGGGGAGGGGGGGCCGGGCACGGCCACCUCUGUCGUGGUUCCCCCCCCCCCCCGGCCGCCGCCACGUCCGGGCUGAGGCUUUGGACAUAUCCGGUGUAAAAUAGGGUCCCAUCCUCAGCUGCGCAUCCCCCUUCGGAGAGCGACCCCCCAACUCUCCCCCCAUCUUUUGGUUGUUUCAUUAAUA